AUGAGUAAGAGAGACACACAUAAAGCAACACAAAGGACACUGCUACUUGUUAUCUGUGUGAUAACCCUUUGGGGGAAAUCAGUAACAGCAGUAAGCCACCAUAAAGCACACCAUGUCAAAACAGGAACCUGUGAGGUGGUGGCAAUACACAGAUGUUGCAACAAGAACAAGAUAGAAGAAAGGUCUCAGACAAUAAAGUGCUCCUGCUUUCCAGGACAGGUGGCAGGGACGACUCGUGCUGCCCCUUCCUGUGUUGAUGCCUCAAUUGUGGAGCAGAAAUGGUGGUGUCAGAUGCAUCCGUGUAUGGAUGGAGAGGAAUGUAAAGUCCUCCCAGAUCUCAAAGGCUGGAGCUGUGCUUCGGGGAAUAAAGUAAAAACAACUAAGGUGGAUAAGUCUGACAAUGGAAUGGAUAAGUCUGACAAUGGAAUGGAUAAGUCUGACAAUGGAAUGGAUAAGUCUGGCAAUGGAAUGGAUAAGUCUGACAAUGGAAUGGAUAAGUCUGGCAAUGGAAUGGAUAAGUCUGACAACGGAAUGGAUAAGUCUGAGGCGUGGAUUUUUUUUUAUAUUGACAGAUAA